AUGGCGGCGGCUCUCCAGGCACAGCGCCUCUUCCUGACGGCCUCCACCUCCUCGUCCUCGCCACUCACGACGCGGCCGCCGCGCCGGACCACCGCUGCCGCCCCCUGCCGCGCCGGCCUGCGCGUGCCGUCCGGCGUCCAGACAACAACCGCGUCGUCGUCGUCCAUCCCGGCGGACGGCGGCCUCGGCGGCAUCGAGCUGGACUGGAUCGACGUCACCACCAGCACCAGCAGCAUCGGCUCCCCCCCCGCCGACCGCAACACGGCGGUCGACAAGCUCCGCGCGGUGGCAGAGGCCGCGGCGGACCGCGCGGAGAUGCACGACAUCAUCGGGCGGCAGCGGGACAACUGGAACCACCUGCUGCUCCACUCCACCAACUCGCUGACGCUGGCGGCCUCCGUGAUGGCCGCGCUGGCGCCCGCCGCGCCGGCCACCGUGGCCGCGCUCAAGGCCUCGGCGGGUGUCCUCCUCGCCACGGCCGCCGUCACCAUGGCCGCCGUCAACAGGGUGCAGCCGUCGCAGCUCGCCGAGGAGCAGCGCAACGCCACGCGCCUCUGGAGGCAGCUGGAGCGCGACGUCCGCGCCACGCUGGAGCUGCGGCACGCCGCGGAGCUGACCCAGGCCGACGUGCAGGACGCCAUGGACAGGGUGCUGGCGCUGGACGCCGCGUACCCGCUGCCGCUGCUCCCGGGGAUGCUGGAGAAGUUCCCCAAGGCCGUGGAGCCCGCGCGGUGGUGGCCGCGCCGCCGCCCGCACCAGCAGCCGAAGAGCAGCAGCAGCACCACCCGGUCCAGGAGCUUCGGCCGCCACAGCGUCAAUACCAAGACCACCACCGGCAACGGGUGGAGCCAGGAGCUGGAGGAGGAGAUGCGCGGCCUGCUGCGCGUGCUUCGAGCCAAGGACGAGCACCAGUACCUAACGGUGGGGAAGCUGGUCCUGUCCAUCAACCGCGGCCUCGCCGUGGCGGGGCCCGCGCUGGCCGGCACCGCCGCGGUAGCCGCAGCCUUCAUCGGGACCGGCGACGGCGCUUCAUCUGCCUGGGCGUCCGGCGCCGCGGCGGCGUGCGGCGCGCUGGCGGCCUGCGUGAACACGGUGGAGCACGGGGCGCAGCUGGGCAUGCUGUUCGAGCUGCUGCGCAACUGCGCCGGGUUCUACCGCAAGGUGCAGGAGGACAUCGAGGCGGCGCUGGGGGAGGCCGACGUGGAGCGGAGGGAGAACGGGGAGGUGUUCCGGACCAAGGUCGCGCUGUUACUGGGACGGGACGCGGCGGAGCUCCGGCAGUUCAGAAGGAUGGCGUCGGCGUCGGUGAAGGAUGACGAUAUCAAGGACUACGCCGGGAAGAUUUUCUGA